GGGUGAAAUCUUGAUGGCACAGGAACCUGGGUUGACAUCCCUCUCUCUGCCCAGCAGUGAGAGGACAGUUGCUCCCUCAUAAUCUAGCUGACGGGUGGAGGAGUGGAACCAACUGUGUUGUUAUCCCUGGCACCAAGAGCAUCCAGAUAAAGCUCCUGGAGCAUUGCAGGACCACUUGGCAGAGUUGUCAGUUUGUGCAGGUGUCUGUUGGCCAGUAGCCAACCCCCAAAUCAGCACUUAAGAUAUGCUGCCAAUACUUCAUGCAUAGCAGAGGCUGGCCGUUCCCACCAGCAGCUGGACCAGAUGCCCUACGAACAGAGUUAUGCUGCUGUGCACCUGCGUGCGUACAUACAGUCUAAUGUGAAUUAAGCAUUGCUCAGAGAUGUACAGCUAUCAAGUACCACUUCUCCCAGCCAAUACGCUUGCGAAACAUUCCCUUCAAUUUAACAAAGACAAUUCAGCAGGGUGAGUGGCAUCUACUUCAUUUAAGAAGAAUCACCGCUGGUUUUCUGGGCAUGGCAGCAGCAGUUCUUCUCUGUGGAUGCAUUGUAGCAACAGUUAGUUUCUUCUGGGAGGAAAGCCUCACACAGCACGUUGCAGGCCUUCUGUUCCUUAUGACAGGAAUAUUUUGCAUUAUUUCCCUGUGUACGUACACAGCAAGCAUAUCAUAUGAUCUAAAUCGUUUACCUAAAUUCAUAUAUGGUCUUCCCGAUGAUGUAGAACAUGGAUACAGCUGGUCUCUAUUUUGUGCUUGUUGCAGUUUAGGAUUUAUAGUGGCAGCAGGAUGUCUUUGUACUGCCUACCCAUUUGCUAGUAGGACCAAGAUUAUUCAUCUAAAAUCUGCCAGAGAUUCUUCUGUAUGACUGCUAUCAGAUGAUCUUCAACAACAUUCAGUAACAGACACAGUAUUCUCCAAGUACUCACCAAAGAAGCAGGGGGAAAAGUAAAGGGAAAGCUAAAUUCAGGUUUCCAAGCACAAAAGUCUGAUCCUUCAAAAAUCUUGACCAGUAAAACCCUUUCUUAAGCAGAGGAGGACUCAUCUUGUUUCUUUCUAGGAGACUAUAAGAAAGGAAACACCUUUUCAAGGACAAGUUCAAUAUGCUGAACACUUACAGCAUGAAGAUGAUGAGAUCUGUUUACACUGGAAGGUUAAAUGGUUAAAAAAAAAAAUGAGGAAGAACUCUGAAGAGAAUUUAAGGCAAUUUGUAUUUUUCAACAGUUUGUAUAUAAAGAACAACCAUUAUUGGAGGAAAAGUC